AUGGGUCUGUUUAAGAAGAAGGACGAGCUGGACAACGCUGCCACCACCGCGUCAAGGAACGAUACCGUGCGCAAGUUGAACGGCGCAGAGUUCACGUUCGUUCGAACAGACACGGCCACCCAGGAGGUCAUACAGGCCCCCGAGGACGGACAAGACCAAAAUCUACUGUCGCCGAAACCGUCGGUGCGGUCGCCCAGACGAAGCCUCGAUGUCUUCCGGUCGAGUCGAUCGCGCAGCACGUCCGUGUCCUCGCAGACCAGUCACUCUUCCAGACGACGGCUCUCCGAGCGGUUACACCUGAGCAAGCAGGCAGAGUCGUCGGAGUACGUUCCCGAGAACUUGCCCGCCAUUAUUACGGGUGCCGACCCCAAGGACGAUUCGCAGUGGGAGAAGCGGGCGACCAUUCUGGCGGGACACAAUGAACUCGCGCGUAGUAGGCCGCAGUCACCUGUGCCGUCGGAGGCCAUGUCCCAGAUGAGUCUGGCGCCUGAGGGAAGCGGGCGGAAAAGGAGUCCCAGCGCUUCGAGGGCCAUUGAUGAUGAUAUCCAGGAGGCGAUUCGGCUGCACGAGGAGGGGGAUCUGGAGCAGUCGACAAAGAUAUUUGGACGGUUGGCUGAUCUCCAGGGGGCGAAUAAUCCGCUCAGCCAGGUUAUGUAUGGGCUGGCGUUACGGCACGGAUGGGGAUGUCAACCAGAUCCAGGCAGGGCUGUCAAGUAUCUUACCGCGGCGGCGUCAAAUUCAGCAGCAGUAGAGCAACUCGCGCUGCAGGCGGGUGUAACGAAGGGCGGUGCCGCCAAGGGAGAGUUGGUGCUGGCUAUUUUCGAGCUUGCCAACUGUUUCCGCAACGGAUGGGGCGUUGAUAGGGAUGACUUUGCGGCGAAGCAGUACUAUGAGACGGCAGCGAACCUUGGCGAUACUGACGCCAUGAACGAAGUAGCCCGGUGUUACUUGGAAGGAAUCGGCUGCAAAAAAGACAAGUACACUGCCGCCCGGUACUAUCGGCUAGCUGAAAAGGGAGGCAAUAAGACUCUCGGCAAUUCUUGGAUAUGGAAGGACAAGUACAAUCCGCCAGAGGAAAAGAAGUAG